AUGGCUCGGGGACAACAAAAAGUGCAGUCGCAGGCAAAGGCCGCCGAAAAACAAGCCAAGAUGAAGAAGCAACAGGGUCAUAGUGCUAACGAACAGAAAAAGGCUGCGCAGAAGGCGUUGAUUCACGUUUGCUCUGUUUGUAAAGCUCAAAUGCCAGAUCCUAAAACGUAUAAACAACACUUUGAAAACAAACACCCUAAAAAUGAUAUGCCUGAAGAAUUGAAAGCUGUUUCAUGAAUGUAUAAUGAUCGAUUAAAUUGUAUUUAAUCACAUGUAAAAACAAAUGAAUACCUAAACUAUAAGUAAUAUUAAAGUUUUUUUAAAUGAUU